CGCUAGGAUCGAAAGUCCAGCUCUUAGAAGAAACUAAUCUUGGUUUCAUCUGUUGUCGAUCAUACUGCGUCAUGUUCCGGUGGAAGUUUGGUCAGUAGUACACGUUUAAUAAUAGAUCAUCUGCACAGACCUGCAAGUGCCUGUAUGUCCAGAUCUUUAAAUCCCGGUUCCGACUUCCGAACUUCAUAGGUUUUUCUACUCAUUAGCCAACUUGUCUGACCCAAAAUCAGUAUGACAGGAAUGUAAAGGACAAAGUAAUUCAGCCAACAGAUUGUUUAUACCACUAGUGUCUAUGAAAAAUGGCCAAUCCGUUCAGGGGUGAAGUGGUCCGUCUUUAUAAAAACCUGCUGUUCCUCGGGCGUGAAUAUCCAAAAGGCGUUGAAUACUUCAGAGACAGACUGAGAGCUGCAUUUGUGAAAAAUAAAGACGUACAAGACCCGGAGAAAAUCAAACAACUCAUUAAACGAGGAGAAUUUGUGGUGAAAGAGCUGGAGGCCCUGUACUACCUCAGGAAGUACAGAGCUAUGAAGAAGAGGUACUACGAAACAGACGAGUGACUACUGAAUUAAAAUACUAUAAUGAGUAUAAAUACUGCAGAUACGGGUCUUUUUACCCAUUAAAUAAAGCUGUAAAAUCAAUUAUG